GUUGAUUAUGGAAAAAAAACAAAAUCAAGUUAACAUUUGCAGAGGCAGUUUUUGAUUAUCUCAUCUCUGGCAUUUUGGUUGCUAGUUCUUAUAAUGAUUUGCCUAUAAGAUCAGGAUUGAGAUAAGCCUUCUGAUUACUGUGUAAGCUCAUGCAUGCUCCUAGAUGAUGCUGAGUGGGUGGUGUCAUUGUCCUGCAGGUCCACUAUCAGAGACAAGAUUAUUCCUCAUGCUGUUUCGUGGUUCACGGGGGAGGCUGUUCAGGAGGAUGAUUUUGAGGACUUAGAAGAGGAUGAUGAAGAUGAAGAUGGGGAGGAGGACGAGGAAGAGGAUGAGGAGGAUGAAGAUGAUGAUGAAGAAGAAGAGGAAGAGGAAGGAAAGACCAGGAAGAAGACAGCUACAACAAAGAAGAAGAGUGGAGGGGAUGGUCAACAAGGGGAUCGGCCCGCGGAGUGCAAGCAGCAGUAAGGCUUUUCUGGAAUGAAGUAUUUUUCGGGCUUUCUAGAGUGUAGGUUGAAGUAUCUGUUUUCAGGUGUUGGCUAAGUGAAGUGAUGCGUUCUCAUUCCAUGCUGUUGUUUUAUGUGGAAAAUAUGAGGAAGAGGAAGUUUUGGUGUCUUCGACAUUUUUAUACUACCUUUAGUUUAUUCUUUUACUCGCCUUGCGGGAGACGGUUGUUAGAUUAUUUGUAUGCCUUUUUGGUCGGGGAAGAUUUUUGUACUGCCUUUCUAGCGUAUACCCGGAUGAACUAUUAAUUGUUAUAUUUAUAUAUAAUGAUUAUUGUGCCUUCCUGAUUUUUGAA